AAUCAGCAAAGGCAGGGGAAUGUAUCCGGGAAUGUCGCUGAGCCACCUUUUUUUUCAUGUACUUUAACCUUCUAUAUAUGUACAGACGAUGCAUAGAUGUGUAGAUAUCUGUGUUGUAUAUAAUAAGCUCGAUCAUGGCUGUUCCAAGAAUAUAAGAAUAACUCAUCACUGACAUUCUCUCUCUCUCUCUCUUAACCUCUCUCUCUCCCUCAUUAUAUAAUAAUAGUACUACCUGAUCUGUCUGUACAAGUGAGUGUGCAUUGGGAACUGCACAGAGAUGGAGAUGUCUUCAGAUCAGAAAGAACAGCAGCAGCAGCAAGAAGUACCAAAGAAACCAAAGGGUGGCCUUAUUACUAUGCCAUUCAUAAUAGCAAAUGAGGCAUUUGAGAGAGUGGCAAGCUAUGGGCUACUGCCAAAUAUGAUACUGUAUUUUAUAAUGGAUUAUGGGAUGAGCUUGACAAAAGGCCAGAACAUACUCUAUCUGUGGAAUGCAGCUACCAAUUUCACUCCUUUGUUUGGGGCUUUUCUCUCUGAUUCUUAUCUGGGUCGAUUUGCCACUAUUGCCCUUGGCUCCGUUUCCAGUCUUCUGGGGAUGAUACUUCUAUGGCUAACAGCAAUGAUUCCAGAAGCGAGGCCGGGUCCAUGUGAUCCUAGAACACCACAAUUGUGCAAACCCGCCUCUUCGUUCCAGCACUUUCUCUUGUAUGCGUCGUUUGGUUUAAUCUCCAUCGGAGCAGGAGGGAUUAGGCCGUGUUCAUUGGCCUUUGGUGCUGAUCAAUUGGACAAGAGAGACAAUCCCAAGAACGAAAGAGUACUAGAACGCUUUUUCAAUUGGUAUUAUGCCUCUGCGUCUCUGUCAGUUGUGAUUGCCUUAACAGGCAUUGUCUAUAUUCAAGAUCACGCGGGAUGGAAAGUGGGAUUUGGCGUUCCAGCCAUACUCAUGUUCUUAUCGGCUUCUCUGUUUCUCAUUGCAUCUUCUUUAUACAUUAAACAGACGGUUAGAAUGAACUUGUUCACGAGCUUUUGCCAAGUGAUUACAGUUUCUUAUAAGAACAGAAAGCUAGCUCUCCCACCUCAAGACUCCGAUGGAUGGUAUCAUCAUCAAAAGGACUCGAUCCAUUAUGUGCCUACUGACAAACUGAGGUUCUUGAAUAAAGCUUGCAUAAUUAGAAGGCCCGAGGACAUAACCUCAGAUGGAGUAGCUUCAAAUCCAUGGACUCUUUGCACCGUUGAUCAAGUCGAAGAAAUGAAAAUAUUAAUUAGAGUCUUGCCGUUAUGGUCUUCAGGAAUAAUGAUGUCGAUAAACAUUAGUCAAAGUUCAUUUCAACUUCUCCAAGCCAAGUCCAUGAAGAGGCACCUUAUUGGAGGCUUUGAAGUUCCAGCAGGCUCAUUUGGCUUAUUCACCGUGAUCUCACUAUUCGUUUGGAUUGUGAUAUACGACCGUCUUGUGCUUCCACUAGCCUCAAAGAUUAGAGGAAAGCCAGUUUAUCUUGGUGUAAAAGUAAGAAUGGGCAUCGGACUAUUCUUCUCAUUAUUAGGAAUGGUUGCUUCAGCAAUUAUAGAGCAUGUCCGACGAAGAAAAGCUAUUGAACAAGGCUUGUUAAACAACCCGAUGGGACUAGUCAACAUGUCUGCAUAUUGGCUAGUAAUACAACACGUAUUUAACGGAUUAGCAGAGGCCUUCAACGCAAUAGGCCAGACCGAGUUUUACUACUCUGAAUUCCCCAAGAGCAUGUCUAGCAUUGCCUCAUGCAUGUUCGGAGUAGGAAUGGGGGUGGCCAAUCUGCUAGCAAGCCUAAUUCUGAGCACUGUCGACGACAUUACAAAGCGAGGAGGAAAAGAAAGCUGGACAUCCACAAACAUCAACAAAGGCCAUUACGAAAGCUACUACUGGCUCCUGGCAAUAAUGAGCAGUGUAAACCUCCUGUAUUUUUUCAUCUGCAGCUGGGCUUAUGGCCCUUGUGUCGAAAGACUGAAUGGCAUCGGAAUCGAGACCAGUAAUGGUACAGGAAAAGAACUAAUGAAGCAGAGCUCAAGAGUGAAGGAUGAAACUGCAGAAAAAAGUGAAGAAUUGUUUAAGUCUAGACUGUUGGUAGCUUAAGUUAAGUUGUGAAAAAUCUGCAGCUCCUGCAGAGGCUUGUUUGGUUAUUGUAUUGAAUGUAUAACUGGAUAGUGUUCCAUACUGUUGCAUAGAUUGUGACUCGUAGGUUUUUUGGUUUUUUCAUUUUCUCAUGUAUCAAAUAUACAUAUAUCAUGUAUCAAAUUGUAGAUUGUGCUUUCAUGAUGUUAUGAAAAAAGAAAAAAGAAAGAGAAAAUUAUAUUGUGCGUGCGA